GUAGCGUCUGGUGCUGGCUCUCCAGCUGUUGUAGGCCUGUGGGUGAGGGCCCGCGCCCGGGAGAGCCCGCUGCGACCCCGUCCGCCCACCCGCCGCUGCGUCCUCGGGCUCCCGCCGCCCCUGCACCGCGGCUGGGCCGGGCCACAGGGCGGAAGGCUCCUGCACGGCUGCCGGUGCUCCUGCCUGGCGGCCACUGUCCCCACAGCCCGCGCUGCCGGCCACGUCCCGGGUCUCGGCCGACAGCACAGCGUGGCAGGUGACCUUUCCGAGCCCAGAGCGAUGACGGCUCCCUGCUCCGCGCUGGCCCCGCGGCCUCGGCACCGUGAGCAGCGGCUCGUGCUGAUCCCGCCGCCGCCGCUGCUGCUGCUGCUGCUUCUGGCGGCCGCAGGGCCGGCGCGCGGCUGGGAGAGCGGAGACCUGGAGUUGUUUGACUUGGUGGAGGAGGUGCAGCUCAACUUCUACCAGUUCCUCGGGGUGCAGCAGGAUGCUUCAUCUGCAGACAUUAGAAAAGCAUAUCGUAAGCUUUCAUUAACUUUGCAUCCAGACAAGAAUAAAGAUGAAAAUGCAGAAACUCAGUUUAGACAAUUGGUGGCCAUUUAUGAAGUUUUAAAGGAUGAUGAACGAAGGCAGAGGUAUGAUGAUAUUCUGAUCAAUGGACUUCCAGAUUGGCGACAGCCCGUAUUCUACUAUAGGCGGGUGAGAAAAAUGAGCAAUGCUGAGCUGGCAUUACUUUUGUUUAUUAUCCUCACAGUGGGCCAUUAUGCUGUGGUGUGGUCAAUCUACCUGGAAAAACAACUGGAUGAACUGCUUAGUAGAAAAAAGAGAGAAAAGAAAAAAAAGAUAGGUGGCAAGAGUGUGGAUUUAUCAAAACUUGGUGCUUCAGAAAAAAAUGAAAGAUUACUGAUGAAACCACAAUGGCAUGAUUUGCUUCCAUGCAAGCUGGGGAUUUGGUUUUGCCUUACACUAAAAGCAUUGCCUCAUCUAAUCCAGGAUGCUGGGCAGUUUUAUGCUAAAUAUAAAGAAACAAGAUUGAAGGAAAAGGAAGAUGCAUUGACUAGAGCUGAACUUGAAACACUUCAAAAGCAGAAGAAAGUUAAAGUAAAAAAACCAAAACCUGAAUUUCCUGUGUAUACACAUUUAGAAAAUACAUAUAUUCCAUCAUAUGAUCAUGGAACUUCUAUAGAAGAAAUUGAGGAACAAAUGGAUGAUUGGCUGGAAAACAGGAACAGAACACAGAAAAAACAGGCACUUGAAUGGACAGAAGAGGACCUCAGCCAGCUGACAAGAAGUAUGGUUAAGUUCCCAGGAGGGACCCCAGGUCGAUGGGAAAAGAUUGCCCACGAAUUGGGUCGAUCCGUGACAGAUGUAACAACCAAAGCCAAACAACUGAAGGAUUCAGUUACCUGCUCCCCAGGAGUGGUGCGGCUCUCUGAGCUGAGAGCCACGGCUCAGGGCUCCAGGCCCGGCAGGCCCACCCUGGCCUUGCCCGACGACAUCAUCACCCAGCGGGAAGCCGCCCAGCAGGCCCUGGGGGAGCCGCAGGACAGCGAUGAGCAGGAGGAGGAGCAGGGGGCUGUGGUCCCUGAAAGCCAGCCCAGGAGACGCCGGCCCGCCAGGCAGCCCGAGGUGGGGCCAAGGGUGGAGCCCGAGGAGAAGUUCCGUGGAAAGAGGCAGAAGGACUUCGAUAUAGCGGAACACGCGGCGUCCAGCGACGAGGAGAGCCAGAAGAGAGAGAGGGGCCGCGCUGCAGAGGAGCCAUGGACUCAGAACCAACAGAAGCUGCUGGAGCUAGCGUUGCAGCAGUACCCAAAAGGGUCCUCCGACCGCUGGGACAAAAUAGCCAAAUGUGUGCCAUCCAAGAGUAAGGAAGACUGUAUCGCUAGGUACAAGUUGCUGGUUGAACUGGUCCAAAAGAAAAAGCAAGCUAAAAGUUGAAUAUUCUGGAAGAUGAUGUUCACCUUCAUUUUCCAAAAUGAUUAUUUUAAAACUCUUAUGCAGAAAUUUGCAUUUUGUACCUCAGUAUUUC